AUGUUAAGCGAAGACUCUGCUCCUUCUAAGUCACUGCCAGCCUCAGUCAAAACAAAUCUUUACUCGUACGAAGCAUGGCGCUUCUGUUCAUUUGAUCUAUUAAUUUUUCCCUUUUUAGGUCAUAGGAGCCUUCAUUGGUUCAGAAAGGACCUGAGACUUCACGACAAUCCCAGCCUGCGUGAAUGUCUCGCAGACAGCAAGGUGUUUUACGGAGUGUACUUCUUGGAGUGUUCUGCUGAAGAUAAGAUGACUGUCAGCCCAAACCGCUGGCAUUUCCUGCUUCAGUCACUUCAAGACCUCGACAGGGGUCUUGCUCAGUGUGGUUCACGUCUUUUUGUGCUGAAGGGAAGACCUAUGGACAUGCUGCCUUCACUUUUUAAAGAGUGGGGCAUCACUCGGCUGUCGUUCGAGGUUGAUUGUGAGCCAUUUAGGAAGAGCAGGGAUGCGGUCAUCACUGGUCUUGCUAAACAAAGUGGAGUUGAAGUGAUCAGCCGUGUUUCACACACUCUUUAUGAUGCUGAAGUGCUGUUGAUGUCAACUGAGGGAAGAGCACCACAAGUGUUUGAUGAGUUUAUGGAGGUUGCAUUGCAGCUAGGAAGGCCACAGAUGCCGGCACCAAGGGUCAAUAGACAGCUGUUUGGCUCCUGUUUGACUCCUGUAGCGAGAGACCAUAACCAACAAUACGGAGUACCUACCGUGGAGGAGAUAGGCUUCCAAAAACCAGCUGCUACCAGCUCUUGGUUUUACCCAGGUGGAGAGCAGGAGGCUUUAACGAGAAUGGAAGCAGCUUUGCAAAAGAUGAAAGAGAACGAUUUUUGCGAUUCGCCAUUAACUGCAAAUUCUCUGAUGCCGUCGGCAAGUCACUUGAGUCCUUACCUGAGGUUGGGCUGCCUCUCAUCGCGGCUUCUUUACCAGAGAAUGACUGAGGAAUAUAUAAAGAACAAGACAGUGAAUCCGCCUCCAGAGGUGUACAGUAAGCUCUUUUGGCGUGAGUUCUUUUUUCUUGUUGGAAGCCAGGUGCCAGGUGCGCAUGAGAUGGUCAACAAUUCACUAAGUCUUCAAAUUCCUUGGGAAGAUUCUCCAGAGUAUCUUCACAAAUGGAAACAGGUCAGUCUUGAAAGGAACCUCUUACCAUACCGUAACGUGCACAAUUCUAGAAGAGUCCUAAUGCCCUUCUUAGGCCUAUGUUAUGAGAUCUGUUUCGAUUGUAUGCUCUAGAAUUUUUUAUUUCAUAGACCGUGUGACUUGAGGUAAAUAGUCAUUUUGUAAACC